AUGGCAGAGUACGGAUACAGAGUACGGGCAUCGCAUAAUUACGACGCUACCAAGACAACAACCCGAAAUCAUGCUGUUUUACGAAUGAAAGCAUUUGGGGUUAAGUGCGAUCUGUCGAGACCAGCAUGUCGUCAAUGCCGCAGGGCCGGUUCCAGAUGUGACGGAUACCGAGAGGACAAGUCCGUUACCUUCCGAGAUCAAACCGCCGAGACUUUAGACAAAAUGUCCUUCUUUUCUAACGCAAAUUCACUUCCCAUCUCACCCAAUGGCAACCAGGAUAUCUUGGUAAGACCUGAACUAUACCAACAGGCUAAGGUCCACCCAUCUCAAGAUCCGCCCAGCCAUUACCCUUGGUGCAGACUUGCGGUUACAACCGAAGACCAAGCCUUGAAAUUCUUUUUUCAUCAUUAUGUUGUGCCCGAGUCUGGACGGUCUCCGACUCAUCCCGAUUGUCACGGCAUAAUCUACAAACGAGCAACAGGACCCGGGUACAUGGCCAACCUCGUCAGUGCUGUAGGACUAGCCGGUCUAGCGUACAUGAGGAACGCGCCCACGCUCCUCAAUUCAGCCAGUCAGGCGUUUUCUCGCGCACUUCACGGUAUAUGUGCCGCACUGAUGGACCCUAGUGAAGCAUCGUCCGACCAGACGUUAGUCGCCGUAAUGCUUCUAGCGUUAUACGAAUCUGUCACUUUCAAUUCUAAUGGGGACUUGAGUUCAUGGAGCAGGCAUGUACACGGUGCCUUGGCAUUAAUACAGCUCCGAGGAGCAGGUCAGCUACGCAACAGAAUCGGUCGAAGCAUUUUUCUCCACUUACGCACUGAAAUCCUUAUCGACUGCCUUCAGCGAGGGCAGCGGGUACCAUACAUCCUGAUAAACCUUAUGGCCGAGGCUCGAGGUAAUGAAACAGCACAGGAAGCGCCUGCUGCUCGGUUAGCAGACAUUAUUGUCAACGUCUGCGCCGUUGUAGCCUUAGCCAAGGAAGGCAUUACGGACGAGAUGAAUUUGUCUUCGUAUGUUUCAGCACUCUUGUCGAUUGAUACAGAUUUCAAGGACUGGGCCCAAAACCUCCCGGUUGAAUAUGAGUACAAGACUCGAAUCCAUACAAGCGCUCGGGAAGAAGUAGAAGUUUUUAUGGGACAAUAUCAUAUAUAUUCCAGCGUGGAGAUCGCCAACACAUGGAAUUUACAGCGCUGUGCGCGUAUUAUCCUCCGUCAGGCACUCGUCGAAGCAAUAUCGACUUGCUUGCCCAUCUCGUCUUCUCUGCCGAUCCUAUCGCCUUUACCUGUAUCAUACCGCGACCUGCUCCUCACUUCAGGCGCCGUCAUAAAGGAGAUAUCCAGCGAUAUAUGCUACAGCGUCUCAUUAAUCUUGCAUAAUAUUGACGCGGCAGGCAAAUCGAGCGACCUGCGAGCUGCUUAUGCUGUGCAUUUGUUGUGGCCACUUUAUAUCGCAGGAACAACACAUACUGCUAGCGAUCCUUUGCGGGAGUGGAUUAUAUCCACGAUGGAUAUUAUUAAUAAUGCUACUGGGAUUCAGAAAGCAAGGCGUAUAGCCUUAAUUCUACAGCUCCGAUGCUCGGAUAGACUGACGGCUACGGACACGAAUUGA